AUGAGCGGAGCGGCGGUGGCAGCCGGGGUGAGGCCCCACAGCUCGGCGACCCCGGGCUCCCGAGGCGCGUCGCGCCCGCGCCAGCGCCAGCCCGCGGGCCCCGCGCUCCUGGGACCGCAGCCCGCGCAGCCGGGACACGGCGACGCGCAGAAGCGGGUCGUGGACCUGGAGAAGAGCCUGCAGUUCCUGCAGCAGCAGCACUCGGAGACGCUGGUCAAGCUCCACGAGGAGAUCGAGUACCUGAAGCGGGAGAACAAGGAUCUCCACUACAAGCUCAUAAUGAAUCAGACGCCACAGAAGAAAGGCAGCCUCUCCACUUCCAGCUUCCAUUCCGCCAAGUCCGUGUCGAACUGGACGGUGUCAGCCAACUCUCAAGCCAAGGUCAGGCCUCAGCCCAACUUCUUCAAGAAGCAAGACCCCAAGGCUGAUGUCCCCCAGAAGGCGGACCUGGAGGAGGAGCCCUCCAGCGCCGCCCUCCUGUACGGUGGCAAGCUGGACAGAGCUCCGGGGGCACAGAGGCAGGCCAGAAAUGAGGAAGUGGACACCUUUAACUCAGGGGCCACCUGGGCAGCAGGCAGCCAGCCCAGGGGCAGGCAGGCAACAGGGGCACCCCCCUCGAUGAGCCUACCCUCAUGCCUGUGCAAGCUCACAACGCUUCAGCAAUGCGAGGUGGUCAUCCGUCAGCUGUGGAACACCAACCUUCUGCAGGCCCAAGAGCUGCAGCACCUCAACUCCCUCCUAGAGGAGAGCCAGAGGCACAAGGCUGCCCUUGAGGAGCCCGGGCCAACUUCUCCCAAGGACCAGGAGGCCAUGCAACUCCCCAAGGUCUCUAGCAAGAACCUCUCUAAGAAAUGCCUGGUUCUGAGCCCGACGCCUGUGGCAGAGCGCUCCAUCCUGCCUGCACUGAAGCAGGCGCUGAAGAGCAACUUUGCCGAGCGGCAGAAGAGGCUGCAGGUGGUGCGGAACCGGCGCCUGCACCGCUCGGUGUUCUGAGGUCGCCUGGCACCUGCCCUUGGC